AUGGCCGUCUUCAGCACACUCUGCACCACAGCCUUCGCCGGCGUAGUCCUAGUCUCCGUCAAGAAUUUAGGCAAGCACUCCUGGGACAUCCCACUCGGCUUCAUCGCAUCGGCAGGUGCGCAAAAGUCCAUGGUCGCCCAGCACGCCCUCAACGGCGCCACCCUCUUCCUAGGCAAACUCUGCCUCUUGACAAUGUACCACCGCGUCUUCGGCCACAUGCAAAAGGUCCGCUACCAGCUCAUCGUCACCGCCGUUCUCGCCCUUCCCUUGUUAGCCGCCACUAUUAUCCGUCCCGUCAUGGUGGGUCCGCCGGUUGGGAAGCCGUGGGGGACGAGGAAUCCUGCUAUGAAGGGAGCGGAUAUCCCCGGGCUGAUGAUUGGCAUCGACAAUAUUGUUGUAGAUGCUUGUCUUGCGUGGAUUCCUGUGCCAGUUAUUUGGGGGUUGAAGUUGGAGGGGGGUAGGAAGAAGGGGGUCAUGGCUUUGUUUGGGACGGGACUGAUGUGA